GCCCUGUGAAGUGGUUGACAGUGAUUUUGAAGUGAAGUGAUAAGAAUCAUUAAAGGUGGAGUGGAUUCGCGGCGCGGCAGUCGGCGGCGCUGUCGCGCGACAUGACGCAACAACCUCACUUCUCUUUGCCCUGGGCUCUACACUAUCAGCACAGAGAUCCAGGGGUAUUGCCCAGCGCGCCGCCAGCGAUCAACACGCCGAGCGUGCGCCGCGAGCAUUACGACCAUCCCCACUCUUUGUAUAGACAACCCCCACCACAAAGCGCAAUAGACUCUGAAGUCACACAUGUCCAAUGUAAAGGCGAGCAAGAGAGAGACUUCCGUGACUAUUUACGCUGUCAGCCGUACACCAAGUGUGGCGAGGAAGAUGACAGAGAGCGGAAGGUGUCCAGCACUGCCGCCGACCAACAACCUUGGGACGAGAAUAUCGUGAGCAGUUCCCUGGGUCCUUCAUCAGCUCCACCAAGGUCAGAAGCCGCAUCUCCUCAACAACAUGUCUCAACCACGCAUUCUGGUGGAGGUCGCCGAGGCGCAUUACAGUUGUGGCAGUUCUUAGUGUCCUUGCUUGCUGAAGGUGCAAGAUGUGUGGCGUGGACUGGACGCGGGUUAGAAUUCAAACUACACGAACCUGAAGAGGUGGCGCGUCGCUGGGGGGCACAGAAGAACAGGCCAGCUAUGAACUAUGACAAGCUGUCUCGCUCUCUACGGUAUUACUAUGAAAAAGGCAUCAUGCAGAAAGUUGCAGGCGAACGUUACGUCUACAAAUUCGUUUGCGAUCCCGAAGCACUUUUCAACAUGUCCCCUCCUCCGCGCGCGCGUUCACCUCCCCCCCAAUAUGAAGUACUGACGCAACUCUACGGGGGUGUCGUAGGGGGGUACCCCCAAUACGUCCCCCAGCAAGACUAUAACAGGAGGUACUAUCACGGUCACUUGGGGUACGAUUCCUGAAGCGUUAAAAAAAUGGCUACAUGACUGGGUAUAAAAUAAAUAAAAUAUAGUUACCUAUAUCUAGCUAACGCACCGUGUGGGAAUUUCGGGACAAAAGGGACUCCAUGUGUUAUUCCAGGUUAUAUUCUACCCGAGUACCAAAUUUCAUAACAAUCGAUUCAGUAGAUAUACUGCGUGAAAAAGCAGUAAACAUAAGUAAGUACCCACAUACGUACAUACAUUCUUACAUCCUCACAAACUUUCACAUUUCUAAUAUUAGUAGUUUGAAUAUAAUUAAAUGUCACUUUAAUCGAUCAGUUUUAUUAAUGACGAGAUUUACAUUUUUUUCGGUCUCAAAAGUGUAUUAGAUUAGAAAUGAUUUUUGCAAAAUCCGUGACAUCCCCAUACGUCACUGUCACACAAGCUCCACAUAAAAUA